AUGCCUGCAGGUAAACCUUCUGGUCUGAAGACUGCGCGCAAGCUUCGGGACCAUCGACGAUCUCAGAAAUGGUCAGAUAAAGCAUACAAGAAGGCUCAUAUUGGAACGAAAUGGAAAGCUAAUCCCUUCAAAGGUGCUUCACAUGCCAAAGGUGUUGUACUUGAAAAGCUUGGUGUUGAAGCUAAACAGCCUAAUUCUGCUAUUCGCAAGUGUGUUCGUGUUCAGCUCCUUAAGAAUGGAAAGAAAAUCACUGCUUUCGUACCGAAUGACGGUUGUCUGAACUUCAUCGAAGAAAAUGACGAAGUUCUUGUUUCUGGUUUCGGGCGGAAGGGACACGCUGUCGGUGACAUACCUGGUGUAAGAUUCAAGAUUGUUAAAGUUGCAGGUGUAUCCCUCAAAGCUUUGUACACACACAAAAAGGAAAGACCAAGAGCUUAG